AUGUAUGGUAUUUUUGGAAUUAAAAAAAAGUAGUAUAAUAAUAAAUUCUAUUUUUAAGCAUUUGGCUGUUUCUUAGUAGUAUUGGAUUUUCAGCAAAGAUCUAGAUUAAUUGUGAAAUGUACAAAUUUAGUUUUUAAAUGUUCUUAUAAUCCUGUUUAAUAGGUUUAAUUUGGUUUUAAUUAAAAUUAACACGUUUCAAAGAUGCUUAGAAAAGAAUUGUAAUUGUUGAUAGCUGUGGGAGGAAUUUACUUCUGCUACUUCAAAGUGGGUCUUAUUCAAGAGGAUUUGUAAAUUAUGUGAUUAUUCGCCAGAUUCAAGAGCAAUUUUGGUACUAUGGAUUUUCCAUCACCGAAAUUUGAGUUUUCGUCAGUACUAAUCUUUUUGCAGAUGCUAAUAUACAAUUUAUUGUGUUUGGUGAUGAUUUUGAAAAAUAAAGUCAGUUUUGUUUGCACAAUAAAGGAAGGAGCAUAUUUAGGAUUGUUAAACUUUUCAUCGAUGAUUGGUGCAUUGACUGCAUUAUAGUACGUGAGUUUUCCUCUUCAAGCCUUGGUGAAAAGCUGCAAGUACAUAUUCCUCAUAAUUAUAAUUGAAUCCUGUCUGUACUGGUAGUCGGAUUGGUUUUGGGCAAUUAGAAAUUCACAAAGCAGCAAAUACUUUGUGGUUUGAUCAUCACUGUGGGAAUCUAUGCAUUUAAUGUGAGCGAGGGCAGUAAAUCCAAUAAGACUUCAUCGAUCUUCGGAAUUGUUUUAUUGAUAACUUCUUUGUUCUCCGAUGGGUGUCUAGCAACUUUGUAGAGCAAAUUUAAAGUAAAGAAAUUGGGACAAUGG